AUGGCAGCUAGGAAAUGGUCGCAGCCAGUUAAUCUUGUGUGUUUAAGUCUCCUCGCUCUCCUCAUACAGUCAUGUGGAGGAAAUGUGGUGGUGUUGGAGAAUGAGGGAAGGGCGGAGCGUGGACCUUGUGCGGAGGGGGAGCGUGGAGAGGAAGUGAAUUGUGGUGAAGAUGAUACCAUUAAGGUUAGGUACGACCUCCUGUGGAACUCAGACAUCGCAACCUAUGAGUUCAACGACGACCUGGCUUCGGUCAGCUGCUCCAACGACUCAACGUGUCAGGCGUGUCUGCCGGACCUGGACGUCGCCCUCAUGCAGAACUCCCCUCUCCCGACCGCGCCCUUCUGUGACAUUGACAGUAACGCUACAGGGCCCGGACGGUGCACCUGCGGGGAGGGUCGGUGCGUGUCUUACACCAGGGACAGGAGCACGAGUUCGGUCUACUACUACUGCGGGCCCUGCGGUUGGGUCGGGGCGCGGUGCGUGGAGAGCAACUGCACGCACAAGCAAGCCGAAUGCUCCAACGGGUACUGCGAAUGCGUGCAAAAUGGCCUCUUCUACGACCUUAAUUACUGUUAUUACCCCUACUUCGGCAAGACCAUGAUUCUGGAGAUGUUGGCAAGCAGCGUCAUUAUUAUUGCUAUGUGUGGUGUCCUCGCCUUCUCCUACAACAGGUCUCGUCGGCGUGAUGAUAGUUCCUCGGCAUUUCCUUGGAGACGCGGAAGCAGAUCGCGUGAGUCUCCAGCAUCGGAUACACCUCCAACUUACGAUGAUGUGGUGGACAAGUUGCCGUCCUAUCAAGAUGCCCUUAAAAUGAGCCCGAAGGCGGACGACAACGAAGGAAUAACAAACUUUGCCUUUGAGAUGGAACUUUCCCCCGCCCCUCCCCCUCCUUACGAGGAAAGCAUGCAACAGAAAACGGAGGAGGAGGAGAACAUGCCACAGAAAACGAAGAAGGAGAAGAACAUGCCACAGAAAACGGAGGAGGAGGAGAGCGUGCAACAGAAAACGGAGGAGGGAGCAACCGUCACAGAAAACGGGAGAAACGCCCAGCCAUUCACGGGAAACCCUGAAGGAGAUUCGCCUGCGGAAAGCAAUGCGGUUCUAAGCCAGCCGAUCGAACAGCCACUUCAGAAUGCAAUGCACGACCUGCAGCGGGGCAGUCCGAACUAGUAUGCUAGCUGCUGGUCAUACAUCAUACAACCGCCAGAUACAUUGACAAGAGCAAACUGUCCUGACGUAUUAUGGGCAAGACUGUCCUUUUGGCCAAAAUAUGGUAAAGUUAACCAAAUAUAUGGCAUGAUUAAUAGUACAUGAUUAUAUAUAUAUAUGUAUGUAUAUAAAAUUUCUAUCUAUAUACAUAUACAUAUAUGCACACACACACACACACACACACACACACACACACACACACACACACACACACACACACACACACACACACACACACAUGUAAUUAUCUACUCUAUUUUCUUAUCUAACCAUCUGAAUUCACGUGAUUUGAAACAAGGGGAGGCAUUAUCUGAUGCAAAUAUAUACAUUAUGAUAUUCAGUUAAAUGUAGAUUUAAUUCUAGCAUAAUGCGUGUACUCCGUGUGAUUUUCUGAAGUACGAGUUAUAGGGAAGUGUCCGUUUUAUCUGAUUUGUCUACCUAUAUAUCUACAGAACGUAUUCCCGUUUAUAGUAUAAAUGUACCAUAUAUAUACAACAAAAAUAAAGGUCUGUUAAUCUCU